AUGCGUCUCACUGCGGGUAAAAUUUACUUUUGGGGUGCAGUGGCCAUCGUCUUCCUCACUGCAUGGAAUCGACAUUCCACCGCCCAUCUGCGCACCGUCGUGGAUGGCUUGAGGGAAGAGCGGCUGCGUGAGGCGGAGCGUCUGCGCCAGCACCAACGCGGCGGCGAAGGUGGAGCUGGCGGUGACUCCGUGCCGACGUCGGUGUCGACGAUGCCGAAGUACUUCAACCCGUACUACAAGCAACAGGAGAUCGAGAACGCCUCCACCGGUAAAUAA